AUGGGUCGUCGUCCAGCCAAAUGCUACCGUUUUCAGAACAAGAAACCGUUCAUCAAGUCCCGCUACUGCCGUGGUGUGCCGGACCCGAAGAUCCGCAUCUACGAUGUAGGGAACAAGAAAGCUUCGGUCGACACGUUCCCGUUCGUUGCCCACUUGGUCUCCGAUGAGAAGGAGCAAUUGUCUUCGGAAGCUUUGGAAGCUGCGCGUAUUGCUGCCAAUCGGUACUUGACCAAGUACUGCGGCAAGGACAAUUUCCACAUGCGCAUCCGUUGCCAUCCGUUCCAAGUUCUGCGUAUUAACAAGAUGCUUUCGUGUGCUGGUGCCGAUCGACUGCAGACGGGUAUGCGUCACGCUUACGGUAAGCCUGCGGGCGUAGCAGCUCGCGUGUCCAUUGGCCAGCCCAUUAUCUCGGUACGAUCGAAGGACUCGUUUGGCCCAUCGGUCGUUGAAGCUUUGCGUCGUGCCAAGUUCAAAUUCCCUGGUCGUCAAAAAGUUCUUGGCUCGAAGAAGUGGGGCUUUACCAAAUACGAGCGUGAGCUGUACGCUGAGAUGCGUGCGAACGGCUCGCUGGCUGUCGAUGGCAAUCACGAAAAGUACAAACCGAACCACGGACCUCUGAAGCUGUAA